AGCCGGACCAGGUCAUGUCUACCACCCUUUAAUUUUGUGGUGCACGGUCCUUUGUGGUCCGGUCAGGAUGACACCCACAAUGUGUUCGGCGAACCAACAUUGUGCCCACAGCUAUCGCCCUCUCAUCUAAUGACAGUCCUGGUGGAUGAUAUCAGCCUGAGGGCGAGAGGGAAGCUGUAAUUAGAGGCCCUGGGUAAAGGUUGAUGAGCCGAUGUGCAGCUUAACCUGGCCUUUGCUCCAGUCGUAUAUAAAGUGACCUGGGAUGAGAGAGUUGAGUGUGCAGACGAGAGAGAGGGGAGAACCGGAGUCUGCUCGGAGCAACAAGCUGCUGUGAAUCCAAACAGAUCCACCGAGGAGCUGUGGCUGUGUCUCUGCUCACCGAAGAUCGACGUCCUCCAGCCAGUGAAGGACUCUUCUGCUGCUGCUCAUGUCGUUCCCUCAUGGCCGUGUCAUGACCCCCGUCACCUCCCUCCGGUCACGGCUCACCUUGGUCCUGACCCUGGCUGUGCUGCUCUGCCCCUUGGCCUUAGUGACGGUUCAGGGGGAAAGCCAGACCCAGUCUCCUGCUCAGGUGCUCCAGGACCUGCUGAGCCGCUAUGGAGACAACAGCACCAUCACGGUGCCCCAGCUGCGCGCCCUGCUCGGCCUCCUCAGCAAGGAGCAGGGGGAAGGUCACAACGAGAGCAGCAGUGUGGCUGAGACACCAACCAGCCCGCCUCCUAAAGCCAACAGGUCCAAGUGCCUGGCUGCAGACACGUUGGCCAUUUACAACAUCAGUGAGCAGACCCGGCUGGACGGGCAGGGCCUGACCGAGCUGUGUCCCACCAUGCUGUUGCAGCUGGAUGCCGGGUCCUGCAAGCUGCAGAAAGAGGAGAUGCUGCCCAUCGAGCCCCCCCCCAGGCCCACAGGAGCUGAAGUGUGGGGUUAUGGGAUCCUGUCUGUGACACUCAUCUCUCUGUGUUCGCUGGUGGGGGCCAGCGUGGUGCCCUUCAUGAAGAAAACCUUUUACAAGCGCCUGCUGCUCUACUUCAUAGCCCUGGCCAUUGGCACGCUCUACUCCAACGCCCUGUUUCAGCUCAUCCCAGAGGCGUUUGGUUUUGACCCCAUGGUGGAUUUCUACGUGUCCAAGUCGGCCGUCGUGUUCGGAGGUUUCUACCUCUUCUUCUUCGUGGAGAAGGUUCUCAGGGUUCUGCUCAAACAGAAGAAUGGGAGCCACGGCCACAGUCACUACUCCAGUGAGCGUCGCUGCUCCUCACCCGACAAGGAGCUGGAGGAGGGGGAGAAGGAGAAGCUGCAGCUGAACGGGGAAGCCAAUAGUCUGGCUGCGGGCAAAGUGGACGCCGGGGAGGGGGAGCUCAUGCUCAGCCCGGCUCAGACCCCACAGGACUCCCAGAGGCCAGAGAGCACUGGGAGGUCUGGAGUCGGCCGUGGCUGCUAUUGGCUGAAGGGGACGACCUACUCUGACAUCGGCACGCUGGCCUGGAUGAUCACGCUCAGCGACGGUCUGCACAACUUCAUCGACGGCCUGGCGAUCGGAGCGUCCUUCACCUCGUCCGUCUUCCAGGGCAUCAGCACGUCCGUGGCCAUCCUGUGUGAGGAGUUCCCCCACGAGCUGGGAGACUUCGUGAUCCUGCUGAACGCCGGCAUGAGCAUACAACAGGCUCUGUUCUUCAACUUCCUGUCGGCCUGCUGCUGUUACCUGGGCAUGGGCUUCGGCAUCCUGGCCGGCAACAGCUUCUCACCCAACUGGAUCUUCGCCCUGGCCGGAGGAAUGUUCCUCUACAUCGCUCUGGCAGACAUGUUCCCGGAGAUGAACGAGGUGAGUCGUGAGGAAGAGGACGCCGGCGGCAGCAGCUUCCUCCUCACCUUUGCCAUCCAGAACGCCGGCCUGCUGACGGGCUUCUCCAUCAUGCUGCUCCUCACCAUAUACUCUGGACAGAUGCAGAUGGGCUAGCACCACACUCCUCCGGUCCCGACACCAGCUCUGGCCCGGGCAACAUGAACUGGGGACUUCUGCUGGUUUGUGCCGGUGGAAACUGGCUCGGAGAGGAGGGAAGCCGAACCUUCUUUUCCUCUUUGUCUCCCCCCCCCCCCUUCUUAAGCUAUAAGGACUCUGGAGUUUGUUUGUGCGGCAGGUACGCACACUCCUCUGUAGAACAUAUUCGAGAAGCUGUUCACACAUGCAGUAUAUCCCAGGCAGGGGGGGGGGGGGGGGGGGGGACUUGUUCAGCCUACAAAGACGACUACACGUGCCCUGAACGUGCAAUACUUCUGAAUAUGCUCUAUUCAUCAGCCAUUUUGGCUCCUGCUCUUGUUCUCUCAACCAGAGACUCAUUGGAUGUUGAGUGUUCACGUCUCUGAUCCUCUGUGGCUGUCACGUUCCCUCAGGAGGUGAGAGAAGCUGUGUGUCUUCUAGACCCCCCCCCCCCCUCCCCCGUGUUUCACUCCGCACCAAAAACCAAUUAUUACGGAACUGGAACUGAACAUUUUAACAAGUGUUGACAUCAGACCGACUUCCAGCUGGACUUUGUCGUUUGUGUGUUGAUGUUAUAUUUUCUUACACGUGAAAAAAUGUGAGUAUAAAAAAACGAUGGGUGUUUUGAAGAAUACAGGCGGACUGUAGAGAACGAUGAAGGGCUACUCAGAGACGUCUGGAGGGAACUCUUCAUCCUCCCGACUCGUCUUCAUCCUCGACAGGCAGAUCAAAACUCCUCCUGAGGCCUCGGCCCCUUUCCUGUAAAGUCCAGAUUGUGAUUCUAGUCCAGACACAACGACCCACUGUCCUCAGCAGCACUUCUCCAUAUUUAACCAUCUGUGCCCUUCAUUCAUAUCACGUGGAACAGUUACAGCUUUCUGCCAUUCCUUGUAUUUCUGAGAUCUGGUCUUUGCACAUCUCAUUGACAACUUUUUCCCAAAGUAUUUUGCUGUGCAGUCAUAGUUUUAACAUGAUACUGUAACUGAAUCACAUGCGUAUACGCACACUUUGCCUCCUGGUCAGGUCUGUGCGCUUCUCUUUAUUAAUCAUCCAUAACAAUAACAGAAAAAUUUGAUUAUAUACUUUUAUUUAGUUACUGUACUUAACACUGCGUGGCCACAAGUAUGGAGACAAACAUGUUUCAAUCUUUGAAGAACCAAUGAGAUCAGUGGAAAACACUCAUUCCUGCUCUGAUAUUAUUCAGCCUCUCGCUGCAAAACAGGCUGAAAAGGAUUUAUUAUUAAUCGUUUCAUUUUAAAUUUAUAUUUUUCUAUUUUUAUUGAUCGGUUAGAUUCUAAAAUCACUUCUCUACUUAUCAGCUAGGACAGUAAACCUGAAGUGUGUUUUGCGUUCUAUUGGCUGCAGGUACAAAUACCUGCAGCCAAUAGAACGGAGGUGGAUGUGUGAAUACCAUGUUUACGUGUCCACAUACUUUUGGCCAUGUAGUGUAAUGUAGACCUGAGGGGAUCCAGUGAACGUCAGAGCUGAAAUGUCAGAUUCCUUCUCUGCAGCAUUCAGGGGACGUGGAGCUGGUGUUUGUCAUGUUUGUUUAAAUGUGACUGGUUCUACUUCAACUAGUUCUAACAUCAGUUCUGUUAAAUACACACAUCACAGUGUGUGUUGCAGGGUACACUACAAAUUGAGUGGAUCUCUGUUGAGUUUCAUUUACUGAUGAUCAGCUGCACAGAUUCUUCACUGUUCAAUAUUCAAAAUUCAAGCAGUCACCAGAAGCUACAAUGUGAGGAACGAUUAGAGCUGUAGAAUAUUAUUUAUUAGAAACAGAGAAGAAGUGAUGGAUGUUAUGUUUGUAUUGUCGCACUAACAAAUUAAAGAGAUUUCUGUUAUUUCCGGUUGGAAAAGUCAAGCCAUCAAAACAACUGGUACCAUGUGGUACAGUAUUACUGCUGUGUAAUAAAUAAUGUAUGGGAGGUUAUUUAUUAUCGCUUGAGCCAUAAAAUUAUUUAUUUUAUGCUUUAGAGCCGAGAUGAUAAAGUCAUUUUAGGUGUUGGUCAUUUCUUUUGUUGUGAUGUUUUUAGCUGGAGGCGGAUUCGCUGCCUCACACAAACCUCAUUGUUCAGGUCACACACUGAACAACAAACAACACAACAAACAAUCAGGAGCAACCAAACAACAAAAGUGUUUCUGCUGUCAAUCAACCAACAAGCUAACGUUUAUCUUUAUGAAGAUUUUAACAGUUAUAAAACAAUUUAUAAAUCCUCUUUCCUACUUGUAAUCUUCAAAGAAAGAUACUGUACCUAAUGUAAUUCAUGUGAAUCUUCAUUAGCCUGUGUGUCAUGGGAGUCCUUUUUUAUAUAAACAUCAUUUUACAAGAAAA